AGUAGCGCGGGCUUGGUCUACAGCUUCUAUGGUGAGCGAGUCAUACAAAGUAUUUUGCAACGAGAACGAAAUAUUCAACUAUCARAAGCCAAUAUGAAAUUGGCUUUCCUGCAAAUCUAUCGAAAUUUUAUAUGCGAGMUCGAUGCCAUUGACAAUGGCGUGCCCAUGUUCGAAGGUGGAGAACCACGCUACAAGAUAUCCACGCAUCUGUCGGCACGCAUAGGCAAACUGAAUCCCUCGUGGCAGGAUACGAAUUCGGAUACUGACCAACGCUUCCACAUGGCCAUGUCAGUUGCGGGCAAGGAGUUUGUCGAGAACGUACUGGAGGUUGCCUGCUCGUGGAUAGCAGCCCGCGAUCAUGUGCGUCUGGCCUUGGAGAAAGCCGCGUCGAUACACGAGAGCAGGSAAAUCCUUCUGCUGGAAACCUUCUGUCCGUGGAAGGUACAUUUGGACAGCCUAGAAAUGGAAUAUGAUGUUAAGGGUGUGGCGAAAGUGGUAAUCUUCAAUGACGGAAACAGCUGGCGUGUUGCUGGAGUUCCUGUCACACCUACUAGUUAUGUUGGGCGUAAAUUUCUGCCCACACCUUGGCGAGGUCUGCGCGAUAAAGAGCUGUGCCAAGUGGCUGGAAUUGAAGACCUCACAUUUGUGCACCACACAGGUUUCAUCGGCGGUGCCAAGACCAAGGAAGCGGCUUUGGCUAUGGCACUGAAGAGCAUUGAUUUUGCCGACGAGUGAACGGCUUUUAAAUAAAUUUAUAGUCAAUCAUAUCCUUUCCUUACAAA